UCCCGGUAACAGUCUCGGGUCCAGGAACCGAUCGAUGUAUUUUUUUUCCUCCAAGUUCUGAUUGUACUGGUUGCAGGCAUUAAGAAAUCAUGCUUGCCCAGAUGCAUCCAGUUUCAUUAAAUCGUGACCCUUUUCAGGGAUUACAGACCAGCAGUCAGUACAAGAUUUCCCACAAUUCAUUGAGGUAUCCUGAAACACUAUCAAAGUCAAAGUCACGCACCAAGAAAGGAAAUUUCUUUGGCAUUGAAGUGGUAGAAGUUCUGCAGUGGAGUGGUUGGGAACUGGGAAUUGAAACCACAAAAACAUUGACCUUGAAAAAUGUCAACCUGAAACCUCAAAAACUUCUCUACAGUGCUCUAUCCACAAAGUUCUUUACCACCCUGUUUCCACAGCCAAUUAUACUAAAUGCUGGGAUGUCCUAUGCACUUCCUAUCACUUUCCUCCCCCUGGAGAAGAGAACAUAUGAGGACAGCAUAACUUUUGAAACUACAGAUGGUUCAUUUUCAGUUGUACUUCAAGCUGUCCUCCCACGUCAUGACAUUACAAUGCCAUCAUCCUUGACUCUCCCAAUCUGCGCUGUUUACAAUAGCUCUGAGGCUAGCUUUACCAUGUAUAAUACCAGUAAACUUCAGACAAACUUCACCUGGUCAGUACCAGAUCCCUUUACAGUGAUCCCCAACAGUGGGAUGUUGCAGCCAGGCUCAGAGUGCAAGAUAAAAGUGCUCUUCCAGCCUCAGGUCGCAAUGGUUGUUGAAGAGUUUGCCAUUUGUACAUUUCGAAACAAUGGUGAAAAUGAAAAGAGAAUUCAUUUGCAAGCAAUAGCUAAAUAUCCCCACCUCUUAGUGAGAGUUCCAGGCAAAGUGCUUCAGAACUGCAGUGAAGAAGAAACGCAGUAUGUGCUUCACUUUGGUAGUGUGCCAGUCGGAGGCACUAUGGAGAAAUACAUUGAGAUACAGAAUGUAACACCAGUAACAGCUUCAUUCAGAAUUGAGCGUAAACCUUCCCCUUCACAGCUCGACUCUACUUUUUUCUGUGAUGUUAGACAGGCAGUCGCUUCAGCCAAUGGUAUGCUACAGAUUCCAAUACAGUUUCGGCCCAGAACAGUAGGUGCUCACAGUGUGGAUUAUUUUUAUUUAAUCCCAGCUGGCAACAUAACUAAAACCGUUCUUAAGGUGACUGGAUACUGCAAAGGUCCCUUAGUGUCACUACAGCAUGAGGUAGUAAACUUUGGCUGUGUCCAUUUUGGUGACUCAGUUGUCCAGUCGCUACAGAUUAAGAAUGCAUCUGAUGUGCCAGCUUUUUACCAGUUUGAUAUAGACUGUAGUGAAAGUGUUUUUUUCAUUGAUCGACCUUGUGGCUAUCUGCCUGAAGACUCUUCUGUAGCCUUGAAAAUUGCAUUUCAACCUACCAAUCCAAUCAAUUAUUACAGGAGGGUAGCCUGUCUUGUACAUCACCAGGAUCCUUUGUUCCUAGAUUUGAUUGGCACCUGCCAUUCAAAUGACAUAGAACCUGCCAUCCUGCAGCCCAAGCAUCUAUGGCUGUAUCGCGUAAAUAUGGCACGAGGUUUGACAUUCUACCCAUCCGAUCUUCUAAGUGACAUGUUGCAGAAAAAUAAAAUACAGCUGGAUGCCAAUGGUGCUCUUCAGCUCUUUUCAGAGGACAUUGAAGGAAAGGGGCCAGAGAUGUUUCCACAAACUGAGCCAAUGAGUGAAUACUUUGAUGAUCACAUCAGCAAUGACAUCAGUAUGUUUCCGCCUCAUGUUAGUGCUGAUAUUAAGGAAUAUAACUUUGGUGACUGCUCACAGCACCUUCAAGGUGAACCGGUUCCUCUACAACUGACAAAUCAUACAAAAGGAAAAAUUACUAUAUCAUGGAAUUGUCCAGUAACAAGCCCUUUUAGUGUGGUUCCAGCAACAUCUGAUAUCCCACCACUUAAAUCCAUGGCUUUUCGUAUCACUUUUAAACCUUCUAAACUGAAUACAUUGUAUGGAGCAGAGCUUGAAGGUUUUGCUUUUUAUAAGAUUCAACGAGAUCAUCAUAACAUUGUUGAUGGUACUUUUUGUCCACCGUGGUGCAUUACAAUAAGAGUAACUGGACAUACAUUCCAGACUGGCACUGAGCAUUUUGUUCCAAAAUAUAUGCUGGAUUCUUCCAAAGUGGUUUUUCCUGCAGUGAACUUAGAAGAUGCAUCCUAUAGGAGUGUGCUGCUUUAUAACAGUGGAGAACUGCCAAUCUCAUUCAGUAUAGAUCAAAGAAGAUGUCCUGCAGUUAUUGUUAAACCUACCAUGGGGUUCAUGGUCCCAGGAGCUCACAGAAUCUUCCUGUUAAAAACUGUUCCAAAUGAACCAGUAGUCCAAAAACAUAUUUUACCAAUUCAGCUAAAUGCUUCUGAAAAGUACACACAGGAACUGGUUCUACUCUCUCGAUCAGAAGUUCCUUCACUCUCAUUGCAAGGAGGAGGAAAACUCUUUUGUAAACCAACAUGCAUUGGCAGUGUCUCCAAACACUUUUAUGUUGUCAAGAAUGUGACCCGCUUGCCACUUCACUUUGAAUGGAAAAUUUCUCAGGCUGACUCGCAAAUCAUUUCUGUCCACCCACCAGUUGCCACCAUCCAACCAAAUGAAUUGCUGACCAGCAUCUGGUCCUUUACUCCUCUAGAUGAGAAAAAGUAUAUUCUGAAGCCAAGUGUGCUUGUUUGGGGGACUGGAAUGAAGCAUUGCAGUGCAGAAUUAAAGAAAACACAACUCCACCUCCGCUUCAUCGGUGAAGGUUCAACAAGCACCAUUGCUGCUGAGAACAGCAGUUUGGAUCUAGGCAAUGUUAUGGUUGGGAGUUUACAUUCAUGUGACAUUGUGCUAAUGAAUAAUGGGAACUGCACCUUGAACUUCACCCUCAAUAUAGAACAGUCUAUAACUGGACCAUGUGACCCUGAUGAAGUUUUAAGUGACCCAGUUGCUUUAGAACUUGAACAUUAUGAUGGAACCAUCCCUGCAAGGUCAAAGAUUAUUGUCCGUGCAACAGCUAGGCCAGCACGUAGAGUUCACUACACCUGGACAAUUACAUAUCAUGUAGUCACUUCCAAAGUCUUGAAUAACACUUUACAAGAGAAACAGGAGCUGUGUAAUGUUACAGCAGAAGGCAUCUUUCCAACAUUAACAAUUGCAGAUGCACACACAACUGGCAGUGCAGCUGGGAUUAGCAAGAUGCAACUCUGGAAACUGUUUUCCCUGGAAACAUUGAUAUCUUACUUAGAACGAGACCCAACCCCUAAUGAACUGAUUUACAGGGUUCCAACUAGGCAUAGUACAAGACGGUGCCCCUCUGUGUUCACUCCUGUCAUGCUGGAUUUUAACUUUGGAGCAGCUUCUACUGGUGCAGAGCCCUCAGUGGUUUUGCUAUUGCUAGAAAAUAAGGGAGUGUUACCAGUAGACUGGGCUUUCCUUUACCCAUCUGAUCAGCAGAUUGAACUGGAAUACUGGGCAGAGAGUGGAGAGUUUGAUUCUGAAGAGCUCCAUCAGAUGAGAAUACAAGAUAACCAGCUCUUCAGUAUUACACCAAAAGUGGGCCAUCUUCUUCCAGGACAAGAAAUAACAGUAAAGCUUGCCCACAGGCAUGAUUUUGUUGGCACUGAUCGUUUUCCUGUCCUACUGAAGGUGUCUCAUGGCAGAGAGAUCCUGCUGAAUUUUAUUGGUGUGACUGUUGAAAAGGAACGCCACUAUGUCCACUUUCAUUCCACAAAACAUGUAUUUGAGCCUGUUCCCAUUGGAAGUUCCAGCCCUCCAAAACAGAUCUAUGAGUUGUACAAUGGAGGAUCAGUGCCAGUGGUCUAUGAAAUUCUGCUUGAGCCUCUCUGGCACGUUCAAGAGGAAAAUUUUCAGCAUCCUAUAUUCCAGUGUCUCAACCCCCGUGGAGGGAUCCUUCCUGGCAUGACAGCUCACAUUGAGUGGAUCUUCUCUCCUCUGGAAGCUAAAACAUACUCUGUAGACAUCCCGAUCCAUAUCUUAGGUGGAGAUUCAGCUUUGAUCACAUUUGAAGGAAUAGGAUAUGAUCAGAGUGCCCUGGGCAGCAGAGUACCCCACAGCAAUUUUCUCAGCAGCCAUUCUGCACCAGUUACUCAACGACUACCAUUACCUGGGCAGGUGGUCUUUUUCUCUGAAGAGCAGCUUUCCUUUGGAAAUCUUCCAGUGUACUCUAGGUCCAGCCGCAUUAUCUUCCUGAAAAACAAGUCAGACAGAGAGCAUGUCUCUUUCACUUGGCAUGCUGCAUUACCAGGUAUAGAAGAGGUCCUAGAAAUUGCACCAGUAUCUGGUACCUUACAACCUAAAGAAAGUGCACCCUGUAUUGUGACGCUACAGAGCUCAGGAAAGCCAGGCUUCUAUAGCAUGGAACUAAUCUGUGAGGUCUAUAAUCAGAGAGAGCUGGCCCUGUACCAACAGGAGAGCAUGUCAUGGGAAGAAGAACGGGAACGGAGGAAGGUGGAGUUUACGAUUACUGAUAAGCAGUCUGAGACUGACAGCCAAAAUAUAUCUGAAGCAUCAUCUGGGUCAGAAACAAGGCGUUCCUCUGCUGACCUCAAGAAAUACAAGACUUUGCCUCCUAUCAGAAAUAACAUGCCGGUAAAGAAGCCAGCCUCCAGAAGCCGAGAAGAAAGACGGAAGGCAAAAGAAGCCAAAAGACUGUGGAGGAAGCCAAAGCCUCCAUCACCUUGCUUGCUUCACUUUUGUGUUACAGCCAGGUCCCAUUCUUUAGAGGAAUUCCAGAACAACUUCCUUCCUGACUUUCCCAAAUACUUCAUUAAUCGGCAAUUGAAGAGUACUGCUACAAAAUAUGAGACAAGUGACAGUAGUUCUUCAAGUGAAGAAGAAAAGAAGCCUGAAGAGGGGUUUUCAUUUGAAUUUUAUCCAUUGUCUGCCAUUUCAGUUCAAGAGAGAGAAGUUGUAACAGACACUUUAAUCACAGUCAUAAGAGGUUUGUUGGAUGAUGUCCAGUUUCAUCAGGCCAUUGCAGAGUGCCAGUCUGAGCCCAUACCCUAUUAUAGCCAGUUCUGGAGUGAAGAGUCUGCUCAAGCAGCUGUCCAAAUGUUGAAAAAUGAGAGAUCACUUCAGAGCUCUAACCUGGCUCCUACACAAAAGGAUGAGCAGGAAUCAGUUCAGAACUCAGAAGGCACUGAUUUAACCUCACUUCAGCCAGACUCGGCUGAAGGUAAAGAAAAUCUUCUGACAAUUAUUAAAGAACAACAACAACAACAGGAGAUGAAGGAGAAAGUGAAAAGACUUCCAGCAUUUGGAAAAUUGAUGCAUUCCAUUCUUGAGAAUACAAUUAAGAACGUCAUUUUUGAAGCUUCCCGAGGAGAAGUGAUUCUUACAGCUCGACCCAGAGUGAUAGCUCUUCCUCCCUCAACUUCUAGAGUUACGACAGCAACAUCAAAAAGGACAACACCUUUACUGUCACAAAAUGCAGCACCUAUGCCAAAAGUCAUUGGAGUGACAGAUGGACUUCAGCCUCAUACUCCACAAGAACCACAUAAAAUUAUUCAGAAAGAUAAUUGAACCAGUAACCACCCUUAAAAACAAACUAUCUUGAAUAAAGGCAAGCAUCACAUGAACAUGCAAAACGAAUGCAGGAAUAAAGACUUGUUUCAACAUUAUAUAUUCAUACACAUAUGUGUGUUUGCAGCAUCAACAAUAAAACUUGCUUCAAAAAUACUUGUUUUAGCUAAUUUCAAAAUAUGGAUUCAGUUGCUGUUCUUAUAGUUUAAUACUGAUGUUUACAUUACAAAUACAUAAAUAAAAUAAA